GUGUUGGGGGAAGCUCUCCAGAGAAGUGAGCUUCUGCAGGGUGAAUAGGAGUUAGCUCAGCUGUCAGAGGGUAAGAGGUGGAGAGGGGUGAAAAGGCACUUCAGACAUUUUUGAGCACGAGUGGGUGUCCCGAAGAGCUGUGUAGGAGCCCUGUUAGGUGGGGAUAGGAGUCGUGAGGGUAGAGGAGGAGGAGACAGGGCUGGGUUGUAGAGAGUUGCCUAACUGGACUAGCGAGCAUUUUCACCAUUGUCUCAGAGUAGCAGGGAGCCAUUGAAGGUGCUUGAGCAGGGAGAAGUGUUUCGUAUGCUAAUGUUGACCCCAGGUGCAGAUGAGCGUGGAGAAAGGGGCUGACAGGGGCCAGAGGAGGUUCUGGUUGUGGUCCAGAUGAUGGAGGGCGAGGCUGCCCCAGGCAGCAGCUGCCCGGUUGAGGGGUGGGAACCCUGUGGAUUCCAGGAAUGUGAAGAAGGUGGUGAUGAUGGACAAGGGGAGGAGGGGCGGCCCGGGAAGGGGGAUCUUCUAGAGCUGUGCCCCUGGACUGGGGCUGCUUCAGGAGGGCAGAGGAGGGGUGGGAACUGACACCCACUGCCAGGCUCCAGGCCUUCCCCUGUCCGAGACUCACCAGGUGGGGCCACUCCCACGUGCACAAGAAGCUGCCACCUUGGGGGUGGGGAGGGCUGAAGUCAUGUUAUCAAGAAUUCUCAGUCCUGCCUACACCUGCCUGGCAUGAGCCAUCCAGGGUACCCUGGUCAUCCUGCUGUUUGUUCUCUGAGGAGCUGGGAUUCUGAGCACUUAAGAUUCUGACAUCAAGAGGCAGCCAUGAGGGCACUCAAGAUUAUUCCAACGGAAACCGUCUUAGACCUAAAUGGCUCAUUGAGUGUCUUCGUGGAAACCACGAGGGCAGUCAAGACUAUUCAAACGGAAACCGUCUUAGACCUAAAUGGCUCAUUGAGUGUCUGCGUGGAAACCACGAGGGCAGUCAAGAUUACUCAAAUGGAAACCGUCUUAGAUCUAAUUGGCUCAUUGAGUGUCUGCGUGGAAACCAUGAGGGCAGUCAAGAUUACUCAAACAGAAACCGUCUUAGAUCUAAUUGGCUCAUUGAGCGUCUGUGUGGAAACCACGAGGGCAGUCAAGAUUAUUCAAACGGAAACCGUCUUAGAUCUAAUUGGCUCAUUGAGUGUCUGCGUGGAAACCACGAGGGCAGUCAAGACUAUUCAAAUGGAAACCGUCUUAGAUCUAAUUGGCUCAUUGAAUGUCUGCGUGGAAACCACGAGGGCACUCGAGGUUAUUCAAACGGAAACCAUCUUAGACCUAAUUGGCUCAUUGAAUGUCUGCGUGGAAACCACGAGGACACUCGAGAUUAUUCAAAUAGAAACCGUCUUAGAUCUAAUUGGCUCAUUGAAUGUCUGUGUGAAACAGCAUUUUCUUUCUCAAGCCAGUGAGUCCUGGAGUUAGUGUGGCAGCUUUUUCACUGGAGACUUGUUUCUUAGGAAGCAGGUGCGACUAUAACGUGGGUGAGGUUUGCCUGCAGCUCAGCAACCCCAGUCUCUGUACAGAGUGGGAGCUGCCCUGAGCCCCGCAGGCUGUGGCCUUCUGCUUGCAUCCUGCUGACUCUGUCCUGCUUCUCUGUGUGCUCUUUCCUGCGGUGUGACAAACCCUCCCACACCUAGCGGCUGGCGGCUGUUCCCUGGCUGGCAAUUCUGUGGGCCAGGGAUUUGGACGGGGCUCGGUGGGGACAGCUCAUCUCUGACCCAUGAGGUGCUGCCUGGGGUCCCUCAGGCAGUGGCAUUUGGCUAUGGUGGGGCCCAAAGGCCCAGGAAAAUGCCGUGUCGGCUGUUGGUUGGGUUACCUCAGUUUCCCUCCAGGAACCUCACCCUCUGAUAGGACAGCCUGGGCUUCUCAAUGGUUCCAAGAGGGCAGAAGCAGAAGCUGCCAGGCCUCUGAUGGUCUCGGGGCAGGGCUGGGAGAGCAUCCCUCGUGCCACUUUAUGCCAGAGCCAUUACUGGCUGGCCCUGAUUCCAGGGAGGGAGUGGACCAGCCUCUUGAGAAGGGGCAGCCUCCGAGGGCAGGGGUAGGGGAAGCGAGUGGCUGGCUUUGCUGCGGCCACACCUGUGUGAUACAGCAAAAUGGGGCAGGCCCUGUUCUUCCCCCCCUUUCCCCAAACACACAGGCAAACAGGGAACAUGCACGCGCUGUGCUGGGGAAGGGCAGGGUGGGGUCAGCAGCCUCUCACCUACUUCCUUCCACCCAAGGCUGAGCACUGGGGGUCUCCUGGUUAUGGGUGCUUGGCUGGACACUGACACCACAGGCAGCUCAGGCUCCCUGCCAGCAAGGUGCUCAGCCUGGUGGCCGGGACAGCAGCAGACGGGGUUCUGCCCCAGAGGAGGCAUCCGUGAGAGCAUCACAGAGGGGCAGUCGGGGUCAGGAGACUGAAGGGGGCCAGGGGCCAAGAAAAGCAUCAUGAAGGGUGUGGUCAUGUGACCUGAGUUUGGAAAGGUCGGGGGUGUUCUAGGUGGCCAGUGGUAUGGAAGGUGGGGCCGGCAGCCUCCCGAGUGGAGAUGUAGGGGUGUGAAAGGUGGGGCCGGCAGCCUCCCGAGUGGAGAUGUAGGGGUGUGAAAGGUGGGGACGGCAGCCUCCCAAGUGGAGAUGUAGGCACACCUGGUGUGCAGAGGGAGCUUUGAGCAUUCCCGAGACUGUAGGGGGCUGGGUAGGAGCAGGGAGCCUGUGGGCAGGGGUGGAGCAUGAACCCAGGGAGGCCCAGCGAGAGCCCAGCCGUGCGGUGUCCUGGGAGGCCAUGGCCCGACGACUCGGCAGACCAGCAUUGGAGAUGGGCGUCUUCCUCCAGGGCCACUGAUGUCAGGGCCACUGAUGCUGGCGUGGAUGGGGGUGGCUGGCGAGGGUGCCAUGCGGGCACGUGGGGGCCCAAGGCUGGUGGUGGGCUGUGCUCCAGGCCUUGCCCAGCCAACUGCGUCUUCGGGGUGAGUGAUGCUCCAAGACGCCCCGUGGAAUGUGGGGCCGGCUCCACUCCUUCCGUAAUGGGGUUUUUUAUAGUCCGGGGACUCACUGUCCCUCGGCCACUGCCAGCUGUCUGUAAGCUCAGGAUUAGAGACCCGGGCCUUUUGUGAGAGCUGGGGCCGGGCCGGCUGAGCCCUUCAUGGGGAGGGCCAGACCACGGGGACGGGGAGCGACUGCCUGGCACUGUGAGCGAGCUGGCCAGCAGACAGCAUGACGGCCUUCUCCUCGCCUGCCUCCAGGGCCUGGUGCGGGCUCUCUUCUGCCCACUCUACCCAGCUUGGGGGCCCCACCCCAUCAUCGCCCUCCUGAGCCUCUCAGGGCGCCCUCCUGGAUGACAUCGCAGUGGGCAUUGGCCUCCCCUCCAUGCCCCACCUCCACUUCGGGUCAGGAGCACCCCUCACCCACAGCAGGACUGGAAGCCCCAUGGGGCCAGGAGGUGCCCAGGGGCCAGGGAACUUGGACUUGAGUCCACCUCGUGGCUGUGUGACGGUGGACAGGUGGCAUGCCCUCUCUGGGACUCAGUGUCCUCGUUGCUAACGCAGGAAUGGCGCUCUCCCAUGACCCGGUUUGGGGACACUACGUGGAAGGAAGCACCACAGCACCAGGGGCUGGUGUCUUCUUCCUGUCCUCAGCUGAGGGGGAGCAGAUCAGCUUCCUGUUCGACUGCAUCGUCCGAGGCAUCUCCCCCACCAAGGGCCCCUUUGGGCUGCGGCCGGUUCUCCCAGACCCAAGUCCCCCGGGACCCUCGACUGUGGAGGAGCGCGUGGCCCAGGAAGCCCUGGAAACCCUGCAGCUGGAGAAGCGGCUGAGCCUCCUCUCGCAUGCGGGCCGGCCGGGCAGUGGAGGGGAUGACCGCAGCCUGUCCAGCUCAUCCUCAGAGGCCAGCCACUUGGACGUCAGUGCCAGCAGCCGGCUCACCGCAUGGCCAGAGCAGUCCUUGUCGUCGGCCAGCACGUCGCAGGAGGGGCCUAGACCAGUAGUUGCCCAGGCCCCCGGGGAAGCCAUGCUGGGUGCCUCAAGGCCACCUCCCAAGCCGCUGCGGCCACGGCAGCUGCAGGAGGUCGGCCGCCAGAGCUCCUCGGACAGCGGCAUCGCCACUGGCAGCCACUCCUCCUACUCUGGCAGCCUCUCGUCCUAUGCGGGCAGCAGCCUGGACGUGUGGCGGGCCACGGACGAACUGGGCUCACUGCUCAGCCUGCCAGCAACCGGGGCGCCCGAGCCCAGCCUGUGUACCUGCCUGCCUGGGGCCGUCGAGUACCAGGUGCCCACCUCCCUGAGGCCCCACUAUGACACACCGCGCAGCCUUCGCCUGGUUCCCAGGGACCACAGCCCCGCCUCGCAGGGCAGCCCCGGCGACGGUGCAGCCGGGGACUCAGGCGGCCAGACGUCCGCUGGGUAUCCCUCUGGCUGGCUGGGCACGAGACGGCGGGGCCUGGUGAUGGAGGCCCCCCAGGGCAGCGAGGCCACACUGCCCAGCCCGGCCGCCGGCGAGCCCUGGGAAGCAGGCAGCCCCCACGUGGGGCCAUCCCCGGCUUUCUUUUCGGCAUGUCCAGUCUGUGGAGGACUCAAGGUAAACCCCCCUCCUUGAGGGCCACAGAUCUGGCCUCGUGGCUGCAAAGGGGCUGAAUUUGCCCCCAGAUGGGAGAGGAGGUGGCGCUGGCCUCCUUGCUCUGUAUUCUGCGGGAGGGAUGGGGGGGUCUCCCGGAGAGGGGAGUUGGAGGGGGCGCCCUGCGGCUGCCAGUGGAGGAAGGGGCUGACGGGGAGGUGAGUUUUGGGAGGCAGGGGCUCUGGGUCCGGCAGGUCGGGGUCACCAGAGCCCCAAGGCCCAGCUGCUUCACUCUGUGUCCCCCAACCCUGAGGAUCAGGUGGGUGCUGCAUCUCUGCUGGCUGGUGCCUCGCACUGGGGCACCAAGGGCUGGAGGCCCCGCUGCUGGCCUUGUCCUCCUCGGGCCUCACACCCGCUUUGUGGGUGGCCGGUUCUCCCCGUCACCUCUCUGGUGUGGUCACACCACCUGCUAAGCACCAAGCCACCACAGAGGCUCCGGACACCCGGGCUCCACCAGCCCAGCCCCCGGGCUCCGUGCGCGCUGGCCCUCGUCCCCUUCUAUGGGAGAAACGGAAGCUCAGGAGGCUGCGUGGCUCGCCGGGUCUCUGGGGUCUGGGCCCCACUGCUCCCCGAUGAAGCCCUUGUGGGCAGGCUCCGGCAGCAGGCGGUGUCCUCGGAGCAGCCUCACCUGCUGACCCCGCGGGGAGGGGCUGCGUGCCCCAGGUCCCUAGUGGCGGGGAGGGGCUGCGUGCCCCAGGUCCCUAGUGGGAGUCCCGCUGGCUCCCGUCUGUACCUCCUCGCGGGGCCAAACACUGCCUUGGCAUCUGGAGGCUCCGGGCCCUGCGUGUGUUUCCCCAGGCCCAGGGCUCAGCCCCGCUUGGUGCUCAGCAGCUCUGUGUCGGAGGCGGGGCUGCGUCUGGCCCAUUGUCCAUGCCCUGGGUGGCUUCCUCUCGUACAUCCUGGAGCCGGCCCUGACCACAGUCCAGCAGCUCCCUGUGAACACUUCGCUUUGUCCCUUCGCUGUCGGCCGUUUCUAAACCUGGACACUGUUUGUAAUACAUUCUUAGACUGGAAAUAAAAUAUUCUUUUCUUACCA